AUGGUGUUCAAAUUCACAAUUGACACUGUGCUUGACCAAUACGUUCCCCGCAACCAAAUACACAAACUACCUCGAUUUAUAGCCCAUUUCUUAGGCCAUCACAAACAUCCACACAGGGCAGCUCCUGAUUAUUUCAUAUGGCUUGAAAUUUUGAUUGCUACGUUUUCCGGUCUAUCCCUCAUCAUGGGUGUGUUUAUGCAUCAUAAUGUGUUUACUGAUCAUCAUCAUGCUCCUAUUAUAUUAGCAUCGUAUGGAGCUACCGCGAUCCUUUGCUUUAAUGCAUCACAAGUACCAUUAGCGCAACCACGUAAUAUUCUAUUGGGUCAUUUCAUAAGUUCAACAAUUGGCGUGGGGAUACAGAAAUUGUUUAGUUUGAGUCAUGGUGGCAGACUGAAUUAUUGGGCUAGUGGUGCUUUGAGUGUGGCCAUAAGCUCAGUGGUUAUGGCAAUCACCAAUACCAUUCACCCACCUGCGGGGGCUAGUGCAUUGUUGCCUAGUAUCGAUGAACAAGUUCGACAAAUGAGUUGGUGGUUCUUGCCGGUUCAAUUGGUUAGUUCAGUAUUGAUUAUUGCUGUUGCUUUGAUCACGGGCAAUAUAGUUCGGACGUACCCCGUGUAUUGGUGGAGUCCAGGUGCUGGUCAAAAAAUUGUUAAACAACUGAAGAAACAACAACCAGUGGAGGCAUCAAAGAAAGAGGGGGACCAUGUGCCCACUUCAAUUGGCGACAAAGAUGAGAUGAGCUUUCAUGGGAAGGAUGGCCAUGACUUGACUAAAAUGCAGCUGCGAUUCACUUUAACUGGGGCUGGGAUUGAUGAAGUUGCUAAUGCUAAAAAUAUCAUCAUUACAUCUACUUCAAUAGUAGUGCCUGAAAAUCUCGAUUUAGGGGAGGUUGAAGUUGAUUUACUUCGGUCACUACAACAAAAGCUAAUGGAUCUACAACCAGAUUCAACAUCAACUUCGUCAGACACUAAUGUCCGUUCGAAACCAGAACACCUUGUAUGA